AGUGGGCGGAGUCAAACGUUACCGUACAAUAAUAGGAAGCAGCAGAAGUAAAGUCUUUUCAUAAAUGGAAUACCGAGACAAAGACACAAACGGAGCAGGGGACGAGUAUCACAAUGAAAGGAUCUUGGACCUCCACGGACACGACAAAUCCCAGUCUCAGCUCAGAGUCAGACCUCCUGGAGACAGAAAGUGAGGAUCUCCAGCACAAAGUUGACUUCUUCAGGAAACUUGGCUACUCAACAGCAGAGGUAAAGACUGCUUUGAGGAAGCUGGGCCUGAGCGCCGACACAAACUCCUUGCUGGGUGAGCUGAUUAGAAGUAGAACCAGCCCUUUGCCGAGCCUUUCUGACUCUGAUGAGAAGAGCUCAACCCAAAGGGACCUUUCGCUGCCUCAAAGUCGGGAUGUUGGGAACUCCACGCCUCCUGAGCUUCAAGAGACACGGAGCUUUGAUUCUGAGCUGAGGCCGAUUGUUAUUGAUGGCAGCAAUGUUGCCAUGAGUCAUGGCAACAAGGAAGUGUUCUCGUGCCGGGGCAUCCAGCUGGCGGUAGACUUCUUCCUGGACAGAGGUCAUGAUACCAUCACUGUGUUUGUUCCUUCUUGGCGCAAAGAGCACUCCAGAGGAGACCAAAUCAAAGAUCGGCACAUUCUACUGGAGCUUGAAAGACGUAAAAUAUUGGCCUUCACUCCUUCACGGCAAGUCAAGGGCAAGCGAGUGGUUUGUUACGAUGACCGCUUCAUCGUCAAGUUGGCGCACGACGUGGAUGGCGUGAUUGUGUCCAACGACACAUACCGGGAUCUGCAAGGGGAAAAACCGGAGUGGAAGAAUUGCAUCGAGGAGCGACUCCUCAUGUUCUCAUUUGUGAAUGACAAGUUUAUGCCCCCAGAUGACCCCCUGGGUCGACAUGGCCCUAACCUCGACAACUUUCUUAGAAAAACACCUCUGCAUGUGGAGCCGAAGAAACCCCUUUGCCCAUAUGACAAAAAGUGCACUUACGGCAUCAAAUGUAAGUAUUACCACCCUGAACGAGCAAACCAGUCCUAUCUGUCGUUGGCCGAUGAGCUGAGAGAGAAAGCCCAGAUUUCUUUGGUGAAAGAAGACAGAAAGGCUAAAUCAUCAGUCAGGCAGCCUCAGUCUGAACUUCGGCCUGCCCAUAACGCCUGUCUUCAUCCUCGAGAUCGACAAAGUUCCCCACUUACAGGUCAUUUUAUCGAAAACUUGCCAGACCAAGAGGACUGUAGACAAAGCCCAAACCAUACGAUGUCAGGUCAAGUUCAGUCAGAAUAUUCUGGGAUGCACCUCGGUCAAAAUCCUUUCUACACUAUGCCUCUUGAGUACCAGGAUUCUGGCUUUAGCUCUUUUGACAGCCAGUACUCUGAUGUGUCCCUCACUAACAACCACAGAGUCAGGCCACAGCACCAGAGUGCUAUCGCCAAAGCUCAGGUUGCCUCCGUGCAUUCAGAAGAAAACACCAAUCGGUCCUACAGGAACAGUACUCAUCGUCGGCAACAACAUCAUAAAAACAUUGACCUCAACAGUCAAUCGUAUUUUCCUCCAAUGUUCCCACCCUAUGUGCCCCAUCAACACAGCUUACCCAGCCAGUUCCCUAAUAAUGGACACUCCCAUCUUCAGCAGAAUUACUGGUCUGAUCCCCUUCAAGGGAUCCCUCGGGCCAGGACAUCUUGUACCCUCCCGCAAGUGGUCCAUACUUCCCAUUCCCACAGCCCCUGCUGCUCCUACAAUGAUCAACAGUACCUAGCCUGGCCCCCACCCCAUCCUGCUGAUUUUGUUUCAAAAAGUUCAGAACUACGCAAAAAACUGCUAGCCAUCUUCACACCAGUGGAAGCAGACACGAUCAUGGAGAUGUACCCAAAUAUACUGGAUGCUGAAAAACUGGCUGCAGAGAUAUUAACGCUGAAAGCUAAGGGAUUCUUUGGUUAGUCAACUUGAUGUUUUAGUUUGAGCUCUGGAAAUGUUUUAAGGUUUUAUAGUCAGGGUGAUCGCUAUUUAUGAACUAUUAAGGCAACCAGUGCCGAGUUAUUUGUAUGACAUUUAAGUCAGAUUUAACCUUGUCGUCCAUAUUUUGGAUGAAAAGUGCUUCUAGAUCCAACAAGGCGAGUUUCUAGAGGUAUGAUCGUUGAUGCAUAUUGUAUCUGAUUCCUUUCACAUUUUAUUUUAGUUUUUCAAAUAGAGAAUUUUUAAAAAAUAUUUUAAACUCUGAUCAGUUUCUCUACUCAUUCAGUGUUAUCUUUCAUCUAACCACAGCCCUAAUUUGGUUUGGAAACUGAUAAAACACUUCAGGAGGCUAAAGGAAUUCACCUUGUGUGUCAUUAUUCUUUUUCUGUUAAUGUGCAUAAUUUUCAUGAAAUUCUUGUAAAUAAAACUACAAAUUAUGAGUGUUCCUUUAAGUAAAAUGUAUGAUUGAAAAUAAUAAAACAUGGAAGUAAGUUCUCAUUAACAUG